UGUGAGAGAGAGAGAGAGAAGGGGGGGGGGACAACCAAUGGCCAAGCUCCAGUUUCUUCCUGUCUUUGUUAUGCUUAGCCUCACCCUCGCCGGCAUUGCCCUUGCUCAUGAUCCUGUCACCAAUAUUAUUGGUGAGGCUUCAAAGACAAAGGACUUUACCCUUGAAGGCCGCGUCUACUGCGACACAUGCCGUACUGGCUUCGAGACCGAUCUCACCACAUACAUGCCCGGUGCCAAGGUGAGGCUGGAAUGCAUGCGCUAUGGCACAGAUGAGCUCACUUAUAAGGCCGAGGCGACAACAGAUUUCUUGGGCAUCUACCAGAUGACAGUUCCAGAUGACCACUCAAACGAUCAAUGCUCGGUCGUGCUCGUGAAGAGCUCGCUCGACAACUGCACCGAAAUCGAGCCUGGUCGGGACCGUGUCCGGAUCACCCUUGCCCAGGAUGGCGGCUUGCUCUCCAACAUCCGCCAGGCAAAUGCCCUCGGCUAUCUCAUCGACAAGCCAUUGCUGGAGUGCGGCAAGCUGCUCCAAAAAUAUGGCUUUGCAAAUGAUGAUGAUUGAGAGAGAGAGAGAGAGAGAGGAGAGCAAGAGAGGCUACAACUACAAUGGUCACCCUGCAUGUCUGCAAUAACAAAAAGCAAUAAUAAUGACAGUUAACAAUAAAAAAAAGCAUAGCUAUGUGAAAAGUGGUUGAACCUUGUACAACGAGAUACGUAUGUGCCCUAUGUGACAAGUGGUCCCGUAUCCGUGUAACUAGCUUGGUGGUCUACCAUGCUAUAAGUUGGUUCUUCCUAUACAUCGUUGAUGUAAUUGUAUAAUGUAUAUUCUCGAUCAAUUCUCUUCAUCUUGAUCACA